AAUAGCUGACAAAUCAGAAAGCGCGUUACAAAACGGCUCAUUUUUGUGUCUGAAUUAAAACAAAAUGUUCUUAAAUAUGAGAUAGUAAUCGCAUCUUAGAAACACAGAAGAAAAGAUGCUGCCUACGAUAGCUGUUCUCCUGACCACGUGUUUGGCCAUGGCACGUGCAGGCGUGUAUAGUAACCCAUAUCCGGUUCCCAAGGACGCCGUGUGCGCGAUGCCCUACACACAGGCGUUUAUUUACGGACGGCAGUUCCCCGACUAUAACUGGAAGUGUGACGACACGCAAUACACUAAUCUUCCUUACCCCAAAGAUACAAUUGACGGCCUUUUAGGUACGCAGCAAUACGUUGAAUUCAGAGACACGCUUAAAGUGACCGGCUCAUGCUUGGACUUUAUCGACGAGUUUGCAAAGGAACUUGGAGGGCAAAAUACAUACUACUCGUGGGAAGCCAUGUGCAAGAUGAAGCGCUACCCAGUAAACGUUGUCUGGGCCAAGCCCGACGGGGUCGUGGUGCCUCCAGAGUACAUGGGCCUCAAUAAAGGUCUCCUACCCUGCCACGUGUUGCCGGGCCAACACCUGUACGAUAUUGACUGCAUCCAUCCCUGGUCGGACAACCCUAAGGUCUCGGACCCAGGACUGGCCAGGCGGCUGCAGCGAUUCAGCAACCGCUGGACCGAAACAAAACGCCACUUGUGUUAUUAUGGAUACAUGUACAACCCGGCGUACAUCUGCAAACCCUCGGGCUACAUGACCCGUUACGUAUUGGUCUACUCGCCACAUCUCCACCUCAUCUUUAAGGCGGCCAUUCCCGACGUGCCGACGAUGUGCCAGUGCGCAAAGUGCGACUGUACGUCGCCAAUAUAAAUGCCUUAUCUGUAGGCGGAGCAUUUGUUGUUGCCGUGUUUUGUUUUGUUUCACGAAUGUUGUGUUUUACAAAAAUAACCGAUUCAAGCUGUGGUAUGGACAUUCUGCGAUGAUUGUGGUUUGGCCAAAAAAAAAUUAAUCUUUUGUUAAUAAUAUACGCACAACACCUGCUCAUGUGUUAUUAGAAAAUCUAUGUGGUUUUUAAUAUACAAUUGAUGUUAACUGACAAAUAUCACACUGUAUCAUGAUAAGUCGUCUCGUUGUUUAUACUCACAAAGUUGUUGUUAUUUUCUUUAUUGCACAAUGUGCACUUUAUGCUUAAAAUAAUAUGAAAUGAUAUUUGAAUAAAUGGUUGUUAUGACAUUUU